CGCCUAUUUCUUUUCUGUCUUGUCUUGUUUUCAAAGCCAACUAACAUUAACAUCACAUCUCUCUCUCUCUCUUUGUAAUUCACACCAACGAGAAGGGAAAAAAAAAAAAGGCUUUCUAUAACGCAGCGAGUUGCCGGCGAGGCAACUCUUGCCGGAAAUUCGCACUACCAUUGCCGUAAUCUUCUUAGUUGCCGAUUUGAGCUCUGAAUCGUUGGCUUCCAAAAGUGAAUUCUGAUUUCUCUUUCUUUCUUUUUUGUUUUUUUAAAUAAUUAUUACGAUUAAAUAGAAGAAAACAAAAAGGAAAUAUUCUCUCUCGUGUGGUGAGCAAUAUAGCUUGCAAUGCAGGGGGAAAGAGGUUCUCUUGGGGCACAUAUGCGAAGAUCCCUUGCUCUCUCUUCUUCUCCUUUCUUUGUGCCAUAGUUUUCCUUUCAUCUUUCUCUUCCUCUGCUUGAUCUUCUACUUGAUUGUCUUUUUUACGUAAUUUCUCUUCCUUGACUUUCUGAAUCACGUAAUUUGGCUCAAUUUUGGAGGGAGAGAGUGAGGCAAUUGGUGAUGUUGUUGAUGUACAUUUUUUCCAGAGAAGAAGGGCAAUGAACACCGGACGGAGCCAACAAUUUGGAUAAUAACCAGGUUUCUGUUAAAAGUUUUUGAAAAUUUUGGGGGUAUAAAGCCGCGCGAUGCCGUUUGAAAUUAUGGAUCAGAGGGGUGGAACUGCGUCGUCCCAUUUCUUUGAGGACAUCCGGCUACCUGCUGAGAAACAAAUUGGGUUUUGGAAGCCGCAUUCAAUGCCUGAUCACCAAAUAGGGGCAGGUGGAAUGGUACAAAUUCCUAGCAGCGAGUUGGUUGCUUCAUCACCUUUAGAAAAACUUUCACCAGGCGGAGCACUGCCGGAGUUGAGGCUAGCCAUGGAUCAAAAUGACAAGCUAUCCAUUGGUGAAGGAAGUGCUAGUAUGUUGAAGGCUUCAUGGAAUUCUAUGGACCAUCAUACAAAAUCACUGUCAAGUUUGUCUCUGCAGCCUGCAUCUUAUGGUUUGGUUGGAAAUAGGGCUGGUAUUAGUGUGACUCAGUGGGAAAGCAGCCUGUUCUCAAGCUCAUUUUCUGAUGUAUUUAGUGCGAAGUUGAGUUUAUUAGAGAAUGAUGUUCAAUCAAAUCAACCUGCCAAAACUGUUGCUUCACCCCGUGAGGAUGAUGAGCCUUUUGAAUCUCUUGAAGAACUUGAGGCUCAGACUAUUGGAAAUCUCCUUCCUGCUGAAGAUGAUCUGUUUUCUGGAGUGACUGAUGAGUUGGGACAAAAUGCUCAUGUCAGUAGUGGGGAUGAUUUGGAAGACUUUGACCUGUUUAUCACUGGCGGAGGCAUGGAAUUGGAAGGGGAUGUGAGUGUUGGUCAAAGAAAUUCUGAUUUUGUUGAGGGAGUUACCAAUGGUCAAGGGGGUUCUAAUGGUUCAAUUUUUGGUGAACAUCCUUAUGGUGAACACCCUUCUAGAACACUAUUUGUCAGAAACAUCAAUAGCAAUGUUGACGAUACUGAGCUAAAGGCUCUUUUUGAGCAAUAUGGAGAUAUUCGAACACUUUAUACAGCCUGCAAACAUCGUGGUUUUGUUAUGAUCUCUUACUAUGACAUUAGGACAGCUCGAAAUGCGAUGAGAUCUCUUCAGAAUAAGCCACUGAGGCGUAGGAAACUUGACAUACAUUAUUCAAUUCCAAAGGACAAUCCAUCUGAGAAAGAUAUUAACCAGGGCACUCUUGUGAUUUUCAAUCUUGAUUCUUCUGUUUCAACUGAGGAGCUACACAAAAUAUUUGGAGUUUAUGGAGAAAUUAAAGAAAUCCGUGAAACCCCACACAACCGCUACCACAAAUUCAUAGAGUACUAUGAUAUUAGAGCUGCAGAAGCAGCUUUGUCUGCAUUAAAUAGGAGUGACAUUGCUGGGAAGCAGAUCAAGCUUGAGCGGAGCCGUCCUGCGGGUGCAAGGCGUUUGGUGUCAAAGCCUGAGCAGGAGCAAGAUGAACUCAAUCUUUGUCUGAGCCCUUUUGAUGAUUUAUCAGCUGGACGACUAGCAGCAUUUUCUCCUGGAGUAAUUACAUCUAGCUGCAUGAACAAUGGAUCAGCCCAAGUUUUACCUUCUGCUGUCCAGUCGCCUGUGGCUUCAUUUAUUGAAUCUCAUCGGAGUUCUAGUGUUCCAAAUAACUUGCCCUCUCCACUGACAGUGGCAUCUGUUGGUAAACAAAUUUGCCUUAAUGAAUCUAAUCACUCCAUGGAUGAAUUAAUGUUUGGUAACCAAUGCAUUCCAAGUUUCCACCCUCAUUCCUUGCCAGAAUAUCACGAUAGUUUAGCCAAUGGCAUUCCAUAUAACUCCUCAACGACUAUCGGAGGCAUGGCUCGCAGUGUUGGUUCCAAAGUGACUGAAGGAAUCAACAGCAGGCACAUUCAAGGAGUAGGUUCAAAUGGGCACCUGAUGGAACUUAAUGGAGGGGUUUUUGGAUCUUCUGGAAAUGGAACUGGCUCUCUUCCUGGGCAUCAUUACAUAUGGAACAAUUCAAACUCAGGUCGGCAACAUCAUGCAAACCGUAUGAUUUGGCCAAAUUCACCAUCAUUUACCAAUGGUGUUCAUCACCUUCCACAUAUGCCUGGACUUCCUCGAGCAGCUCCAGUUAUGCUCAACACAUUACCUGCACAUCAUCACAUUGGAUCUGCACCGGCUGUUAAUCCUUCCUUGUGGGAUAGGCGACAUGCUUAUUCUGGGGAGUAUCCGAAAGCUUCCAGCUUCCAUUUGAGUUACUGCAGGAGAGUGGGAUUUCCUGGUAGCUCUCCUACAAAUCCUAUGGAAACUGCUUCCCGCAAAUUUUCUUAUGUUUGCGGAAAUUGUAUGGAUAUGACUAAAAAUGCUGGACUCCACAUUUUCCCUGGGAGAAACCCAAUUAUCUCAAUGCCAGCACUUUUUGAUUCUCCUAAUGUACGUGUGAGAAUUCUCUCACAUUCUGGAGUUGAAUCAAAUUCUAAUAAUUCAGAUAAGAAACAAUAUGAACUUGAUAUUGACCGCAUAUUGUGUGGCGAAGAUAGUCGAACCACAUUGAUGAUAAAGAACAUUCCAAACAAAUAUACUUCUAAGAUGUUAUUGGCUGCAAUUGAUGAGCACUGUCGUGGUACUUAUGACUUUAUUUACUUACCAAUUGAUUUCAAGAACAAAUGCAAUGUGGGCUAUGCAUUCAUUAACAUGAUCGAUCCUCAACAGAUUAUUCCAUUCCACAAGGCAUUCAAUGGCAAAAAAUGGGAGAAGUUCAACAGUGAAAAAGUGGCAUCUCUUGCAUAUGCUCGAAUUCAGGGAAAAGCGGCUCUUAUUGCCCAUUUCCAGAACUCAAGUUUGAUGAAUGAGGAUAAACGCUGUCGCCCUAUACUCUUCCAUACUGAUGGUCCGAAUGCUGGUGAUCCGGAGCCCUUCCCCAUGGGUACCAAUAUUCGGUCAAGAUUGGGCAAACCUCGAACCAGCAGCGGUGAGGACAACCACCAUCAGGGGAACCCUUCUACUUCAGCAAAUGGAGAGGAUUCUUCCAAUGGAACAGACUCAUCAUCAGGUUCUGAAUGAGCAGUAUACUUCCUACAAGGCACUAACUCUAAAAUCCUGUAUAAGAGUACAGAGAACCGAAUCCACCCCAAUUCUGUAAAUUAGGGGCGGCCUGACAACUCUCUUUUUGUCUAUAGAGAAGCUCUUCUGCAAAGUUCUGGAUGCCAAAGUGCACAUUCAGAGCCAAAUGAGCAACAUCAAAAUUUUUCCGUUCUCAUAAAAAAAAAAAAAAAAAAUCAGUUUCUUAUCUAGGCCAAAUAUGAGUACAGAGAAUGGCUUAAUAAAGGCUUAAAAUUUUGGUUAGUCAUGACUAAACAAUAUUACGAUGUACAGAAGUUUCCCCACUUGUGCACAGGCUUAGGAGGGAACUUCUUUAUUAUCGUUUGCAGUUUUGUAUCUCUAUAUCUCUGUUAUUUCAAUUUUCCCAGGGGGUGGUACCGCUUAUCGUUGGUUCAGUUUUUGUUUAACGGGAGUCGCAACACUUUAACCUAUCUUGGUUGUAGAAAUUGUUGAAGUGCUCUUCUCUGCUAUAACUAAUACUAUUUAAUACUUUAUGAAGCUUUUUUAAGUUGUCCAA